UCGGUUGUCAGUUUGUUGUCAAUUUGUCAAUUAGCAAUUUUUUAAUUUUUUGUGCUUUGGUUUUUACGAAAUUUUACAUUUUGGUUUCCACGCGAUAAAUAAACUUCUGUAAAGUACAUUGACAAUGGCGACAUCAAAAACUACCAAUACAUAUAAUAGACAAAACUGGGAAGAUGCAGACUUUCCAGUACUUUGCCAAACAUGUUUGGGAGACAAUCCAUAUAUAAGAAUGACAAAAGAAAAAUAUGGCAAAGAAUGUAAAAUUUGCUCCCGACCCUUCACAGUAUUUAGAUGGUGCCCAGGAGCUAGGAUGCGUUUUAAGAAAACUGAAGUGUGUCAGACUUGCAGUAAAUUAAAAAAUGUUUGUCAAACUUGUUUAUUAGAUUUAGAGUAUGGUUUACCUAUUCAAGUGCGUGACGCAGCUUUAAAGAUGAAAGAUGAUCUUCCAAAAAGUGAUGUAAAUAAAGAAUAUUAUAUACAAAACAUGGAAAGAGAGUUGGCAAGAUCAGAUCCAGGUACAGUGAAUAGUAAACUGAAUGAACCAAAUGAUCUUUUAAUGAGACUAGCACGUACCGCGCCGUACUAUAAGAGAAAUAGACCCCAUGUGUGCUCGUUUUGGGUUAAAGGGGAAUGUCGAAGAGGAGAAGAGUGUCCUUAUCGUCACGAGAAACCAACUGAUCCAGAUGAUCCUCUAGCAGACCAAAACAUUAAAGAUCGUUACUAUGGAGUUAAUGAUCCCGUAGCAGAUAAGUUGUUGAAAAGAGCUGCGGCAAUGCCCGCAUUACCACCUCCUGAUGACAAAACUAUUACUACAUUGUAUAUUGGCAAUUUGGGAAACCUUACUGAACAGGAUAUAAGGGAUCAUUUCUAUCAGUACGGAGAAAUCCGUUCCAUAAGUCUUGUUCCAAAACAACAAUGUGCUUUUGUACAGUACACCACGAGAGCUGCUGCUGAGUCUGCAGCUGAAAAAACUUUCAACAAACUCAUACUUGGAGGUCGAAGGCUUACAAUUAAAUGGGGCCGGUCUCAAGGCCGCACCGGGCCUAGUAUUAGUCACCACCCAGAAAAUUACGAACCAGUUCCAGGCCUACCACCUGCAAUUCCAGAACUGAGUAACAACUUCUUUAAUUUAGAACCUGGGCAUAUACCUUUACCCAACAUGCCGCCUCCUCCAUCACUCAUGGUUCCUCCGAUGUUUGGACCUCCGCCUAUUCCUCCGUUUUUCUUCAAUCCACCUCAAUUGCCUCCUUUUGCUGCCCCACCUGCAGCUGUUAAUACUAGUACGAGUACAGCUACUAGUGAAACAACGAAAACUGCAGUACAUUAUCCAAGUCAGGACCCGUCUAGGUUGGGUGCUACUCAGCUGCAUGCCGAUAGACAAGAAUAGCAUUAAGUUAAAACUUUUUCAAUUUCAAUAUUCCAUAAUUUUUUUUUACUUAUUUUUCAGAGCUGUAAUUAUCUC